AUGAGCACCCAAGGCCUCACCCACGUCCUCAUCGAGUCCUUCAACGCCCUCGCCGACGAGGUCCAGAGCCUCGGCGACCGACAGACGGUCCUCGAGCAUAAGCUACGCUUCGCCCAUGAACAGUUCCAGUACAUCGCCGAUAAAUAUGCCCCAGCCGCCCCCGAGAUAGCCGAGACGCUGGUCAAGCUCCAGCUGCCUCCAGAGCUCAACGACCCUUCCCUCGCAGAUUCCAGCGCCGUGCCGCUUCCCAGGCGCAAGGCCUCAAAUUCGAAACACCAGAUCGCCAUCGUCAUCCGAGAGGGCCGCAAGGUCGCUUCUGCUCUGAGCAGCCCCAGCAAGAGCAGCCGGUCCAGCCGCGGCAGCGCUGCACCGACCACAAUGACCUCCCUCUCCACCAUCCUCGAACAGGACUUUACCGUCGAGGGCAAGACCAGAGGCACUCUCCGGUGUCCGUUUUCCCAAGCACCGACGCCGCAGAAUGAAGACGGGCGAGAGGCCGCGCACCAGGCACAAGACGGGCACCACGAUGCUGAGGAUCCGAUUUGCGCUGCCAUGUUUGACGAGGCAGGGUCGCCACCGGCCUCGGCCGCUGCCAGCAAAUGCCCUAUCCGGUACCUAGACCAACACUCCCCAGAAGAGAUCGCACACUACCUCGAGACACAUAAGCACGAGCUGCCGCGCAGCCAUGAGGUCUGCGUCCGACGAUACCAGAGGAACGAAGACGACAUCCGCAAGCUGGACGCCAAGUACGGCAAUCUUGUCAGCAUGGUCGAGGGCCUUAGUCGGAUUCAUCAGCCGAUGCUGCCAGAGCAGGACACGCGGCCACAGAGCGACGUCGAGCGUGGCUCAAACGAUCGUGUUGAGACAUGGGCACAAACAGUCAGCGUCAGUCUCAGUGACGAUGCAGACCAGACAGCCUUGGAAGGGGACAGCACUGAUGAGGAACGCCAAAGCCAUUUUGACAGGCCGCUAAAGGAAGUGCGAGUUGGAGAAUCCCCCAGCAGGCCAUGGGGCAUCUCGGUCCCAUUUGUUGAUGUUCCUGCUGGCUUCGAUGGUCGCCAGCCGGAACGACCAGAAUCCCCGCCACCUGCGCCAGUGCACAUGCCUGCUGACCACCCGACACCAGAGACGCCAGCAAAGCAAAGCGGUGCCGGCAAGUGUCCGUUCGAUCACACAAAGAUGGCGCAGAUGAUGGGCGGGAAGACACCACAGAAGCCAGAAGACUCUAGAGACGCGUCGCACAUGCUUCAUACUCCUGCUGCUGCAGCUGGGCGGCGCAAUCACGACAUGACUCCGAGAGGAGAGGACCACACGAUGGAGGACGAGCAGCAAUUUCAACCUGAUCAUCAAACACCAGACUAUCGCAGGACAAUGCCUCUCGACAGUGGAAUCGGGCUACACCAACAGCACGCACAACAGCCGCAGCCUCGUUAUGGCAUGGGACAGCCUACAUUCCUGCAUGCAAGCGGACUGAACCGCCCAGAUUUUGGACAGGAGCAUCAAGGCCAGCCAGCCCCGCCGCCGCCUCCCCCUCCGCAGAUGGUCUUCACAGGGCCGGUCUUCAUCGGGUAUCCUAUGGAGCACGCGAUACAGUUCAUGCAGCAGUUUCAGGGCCAGCAGCAGCAGCAACAGCAGCAGCGACCUUUGUAA